AUGAGCGCCCCCAACAGCAGCCCCCCGCCCUACUCCCUCACCCCUCCCGAAGUGCGCCUCAUCAACCCUGCGAAACGCGCGUCCUCGUCACCCCAUCUCCGCCUCUCCUCAUCCUCAUCCAGUCACCUCCCAUCACACUUAGCACCGCUCUCUUCCCACUCUCGCCAGGCGUUCUCGGAGUAUGCGCGCUCGCGGCGGCCCGUAGGCCCGACCUCGGACGACGAGACGUCCGGGUCGGGAGCUGAGACGGACGACGGGGUCGUAUUCCGCCGGUCCUCGCAAGGACGGGGAGAGAGCCUCGCGGAAACCCUCAGGAACAGACUUCUCGGCAAGGGGAAGGGAAGGGCGAUCGACGAAGGCUGGUCGCGGCCGAUCACCACCACUCCGGGCGUUCCAUGCGCGGGGGAGACGGAGACGGAGGGUGAAGAUUCGCCAAGGAACCUCCCCACCGCGCGCAUCACCCGGUCGUCCUUGUCACAGGAACUCGCGCUGCCGCCCCAAACGGCGUGGCUGGUCCCGAUAUUCUUUCAGAUGUUCCGUUUGCUCUCGAUUGUGCCCGCGGUGUUCGGGACGCUAUGGAACUUGUACCAUGUGUUCAGGCCACCGGACGGGCUCGUUGAGUGGCGGGUAGACUAUGCCGUAAGCAUGCUCUGGUCUAUCCUCACAGGAUGGCAAUGCCUGCAACUGACAACGGGCCUGCUCCAACGAUGGCGAGUCUACUACUCGCCUUGGGCCACCCUCAUCCGCCUCCUCGCCCUCCAAGCAAUAUGCUGGCCGGCGACGCACCUAACACUUACCAUCCUCUCGCACGAAGAUCGACCCUUGAUCUGCUGGGCUGCGAUCGGCACGACGACCUGCUGCAGCCGCGCCAUCCAGCUCUGGGUGACCUCUAACAUCGUCCCCAUCCCUCCCUCGCACCCCUCCCACUCAUCCCACUCAUCCCAUCUACCCCACUCUCACACGCCCCCUGUGCAGGAGGAGGAGGAGCACAUGCGCAAGGGACGCCGGCGGCGAUGGGACUGGGCGCGCGUGGGCAUCCAGUGUGCGUUGCCUGCAGGGAUCGUGUACGCGAUCAUGGCGUGGGCACUGGUGCUCAGGCGGGAGUUUCUCGGGUGCUGA